AUGCAAGUAAUACCCAGAUGGCGAAACAUUUUGACAUUGAAGAACACAAUUAUUCAAUCAACAUGGAUCACUACAUCAUCAACAGCCCAUUUGGCUAAUUUCCAUUCUACUGAUGUUUCCUUUGAGAAAUGGAAGAAUAAGUGGAACCCAGAUGUAAGCAGUCAACAACCAUCGAAGGCAAACAAGCCAUCUCAGAAUUAUAUAAGAUAUGCAGUACGACAAAAGCGUGCUGAUGCAAAGAAAGCUCUUAAAAAUCUGAUCUUCAAUGGGGGUUGUUCCAAAUCAAUAGAAGAGGAGACAUUUCAUAAAAUAGAAGCAGAAUGUGAAGAUCAAUAUAACAAGAAAUCUCGAAUAAAGCCUGUUCGUCAAGCUAGGAGAGCUUACCACAAGAAAAUAAAGCGUAAGCUUCGCAGGGAUAAUAUGUUCGAAGAUUUUGAUGCAUGCCCUGAGAGAAUAUUUCAGGCAACUUUUGGGAAAAGAUGCUUCACUUGGACCUUUAAACCUUGGGAAAUGGGAUUUGACUGGAGGGAAAAUUUUAGCUGGAGCAACAGAAGAUACGAAGAACACGAUACUAAAGGUGGGACCGAAUUCACUUAUGGUUCUACAAUUGUAGGAACAUGUUCAGAUAGGAUAACUCUUGGUUUACCCCCUGCUGGACCUUUGAAGAUCGAGGACGUCAAGACUGCCUUUCGCUCGUCAGCUUUGAAGUGGCAUCCUGACAAGCAUCAAGGUCCUUCACAGGCAGUUGCAGAAGAGAAAUUCAAGCAUUGUGUCAAUGCAUACAAAUCAUUAUGCAGUGCACUCUCUACAACAGCUUGA